AUGAAGAACAUUAGCCAUAACAUCCUUCCCACCCAGAAGACAAAAAUUGAACAUUUGGUCAACGAUAUGCUGGAAAGGAGAGUUAUAAGGAGAAGCCACAACUCUUUUUCCGCCCUUGUGGUUCUUUUCCAAGCUGGAUUUGCGUUUAGGGUUCCACCAGAUAAGGAUGCACCCAGGGGAAAAUGCAAUUUUAUGUGCAAGCAAAUUUCCUAUCUUGGCCAUAUUCUUGACGAGAAUGAUGUAGCCCUUAAUCCAGCGAAAUUAAAAGCAAUGAGCACAUGGCCAAUUCCAGAAUCUCCUAAGCAAUUGAAAGGGUUUCGUGGUUUGACCGGAUACUAUAGAAGAUUUAUAAAAGGCUACGGCUCCAUAGCACGACCCCUUACUGCCCUGUUGAAAAAAGGUCGGUUUGUAUGGAAUAAAGAAGUUGAAGAUGCAUUUAUGUUGUUGAAACAAAUAAUGCUUUCCCCUCCGGUCCUGGCGCUUCCAAAAUUCAAUAUUUCCUCUGUAGUUGAGACCGAUGCAAGCGGAGCUGGUAUUGGGCAGUAUUAA